UUUCCCCCAUCAUGUUGUGGCAAGCGGUCUACCUGUUCAUCUUGGCGUGCGCCGUCGUCAGUUCAACACCGAUCCUCUCCAGCGCUGAUCCCCUCCAGGAAAGCAUAAGAAAACCCCGGCACAUUGGAGGAUUUGGAGGUGGUGGAAUCGUGGGAGGUGGCAUCAUCGGAGGAGGAGCAGUUGCUGCUCCAAUAGUGGCAGCUCCAGCCAUUCAAGCAGUGCCAGUUGUGUCCACUGUACCCGUUAUCACCACUGUACCCGUGGUAUCCAGCAUUUCCACAGUGCAAGCGAUUCCGAGUUAUGGUUACGGUUAUGGAGGAGGUUACCCAGCAGCCGGAGGAUUGGGAGGACUAGGUGGACUGGGUGGACUUGGUGGACUGGGUGGCGUCGGAGGAGGUGGCUUCGUUGGCGGCGCUGUGGGUUUUGCCAAGUUCAAAGGCGGUUUCUUUGGCUAGAUGUUUCCGAAUAAAUCCGAGUGUUUCUCGAGACCCUCUUUAGAGUACACAAUAAACAAACAAAACUGCUGCCAGAUCGAGUUUCGUUUCGCCGAGUGUUUGGAAUCAACAGAUUCGAUGAGCUUGCAUAUUCCAUUUUCAACUGGUUGUGGUCGCAGU